UCGUAUAAUAGAUCCAUGGUGAAGGCAUGUGUGAGCUACAACGCUGUGACCCGGAUACUGAAGCUUUCAUCGGGACAGAGCACAUCCGGUGUAGAUGUUUGCCAUGUUUUGGCUCACUUCAUCACUUCAGUUUCAGCAUCAGUCUACACCGGUGUACCUCAGCUAUCUCCAGCCGUCAUGUCCCGGGGCUCCAGUGCCGGGUUUGACCGUCACAUCACCAUCUUCUCCCCGGAGGGAAGACUCUACCAAGUCGAGUAUGCCUUCAAAGCCAUCAACCAGGGAGGACUGACCUCUGUAGCAGUCAGAGGGAAGGACUGUGCUGUGGUCGUCACACAGAAGAAAGUCCCCGACAAGCUGUUGGAUGCCUUGACAGUCACACAUAUGUUCAGAAUCACAGAGAACAUUGGCUGUGUUAUGACCGGAAUGACUGCUGACAGCAGGUCUCAGGUGCAGAGGGCGCGGUAUGAAGCAUCUAACUGGAAGUAUAAGUACGGCUAUGAAAUCCCCCUGGACAUGUUGUGCAAACGCAUGGCUGACAUCUCCCAAGUCUACACGCAGAACGCUGAGAUGAGGCCGCUAGGAUGCUGUAUGAUGUUGGUCGGAGUGGAUGACGAGCUGGGUCUGCAGCUGUAUAAGUGUGAUCCAGCCGGCUACUAUUGUGGCUUUAAGGCCACAGCAGCUGGAGUCAAACAGACUGAGGCCACCAGCUUCCUGGAGAAGAAAGUCAAGAAGAAACUGGACUGGAGCUACAACCAGACUAUAGAGACGGCUAUCUCAUGUCUGUCAACUGUUCUGUCUAUCGACUUCAAGCCCUCAGAGCUGGAGGUGGGAGUUAUCACUUCGCAAGAACCAACAUUCAAGAUUCUGUCAGAGUCUGAGAUCGAUGUCCACCUGGUGGCUUUGUCUGAGCGAGAGUGAGGAAAGUUGGCAGCCAUGUUGCUGCUGUCAUAAGUGGAUGAUGAACAGUAACGCCACAGAGCCCCACCUCCCGCACUCAAAAGUCUCAUCUAGAAGGAAGACAAAGAUGACGUAUAAAACACAAAGGAAAAGAUGAACAAUAUGGUCAUUUUGUACCAGCUGGAUAGAAUAUGUUACCCAGCUGUACUGUCUGUGUUCCCUUCCCCUCCUCCAUCCUCCCUGGUCAUAGCAAGAACCUGACUGGACACAUUAUCCACAUGUCGGCCCCCUCCUGUAUAUUCCUUCUAAUCACAUUGAGACAUCCUCGACAUGUCGCAGAGCCUAGAAACACGCUCGACGUUCAGAUCAGUCCAUUAUAUGACACAUCAGUCUGACAUCUGGCUGCGUGGUCAUGAUGUGCCCUCUCAGGCUGCAGCUUAUCCCAAAUGACUUCAGUUGAUGAGUGCGACAUGAGCAAAGUGGAAGACGGAGGUGUGGUAACACUACAGCUACAGCACUCAAUACCUCUUAAUACCCCUUACUCUCUCAGUGGUCCAGUAGCAUCUUGAGUCACUGUAUUUAAACAGUGCUUCCUCACCAUCUUUACUCAGGGCUACCACAACUUGUAUUUCUCAUUUUAUUCAUCUGCUUCAAACUCUCCCCUCUUCUCUUUUUUUUCAUAGCAACCGCUAAUGUCAGGUUGUUUAUGCUCUGAUGUACUGUGUGAUAAACCAGGGAACAGCAGUGGGAUUUCUCCCAUUGCGACAGUCCUCAUUGUCACACCCCUGUUUAAGUCUACUCAGGUCAAUGUCAAUGAGAAACCACCAAUCUCUUCAUUACAGAGUCCCUACUGUGUUUUGAUCCUUCUGUCUGCUGCCAUUUGCUGUACAGUACUGCACUUCUAUUAAACAUGUUUUUAUUGAA